AUGAGAUGGCCGCCAUGGGCUCCCAAAUCUCCCACCACCGACGACAACAACAAUGACCGGCACUCCUACGACAACAGCAUCGACUGGCGCGCCUUCGCCGAGCCCCGAACCCUGAUCGCCACGGGGAUCCUGACGACCGGCAUCCUCGGCGCUGUGGGCCUCCACGGGCGCUACCUGCGCUGGUUCCCGGACGCGAGCAGCAUCCUACCCUCGUACAUGCGGCGCAGGAGUAUUCUGGGACGCGUGACGAGCGUCGGCGACGGUGAUAACUUCCGGCUGUAUCAUACGCCCGGGGGCCGGUUGGCCGGGUGGGGAUGGUUGCCGUGGAAGAAGGUUCCGACGUCGAAGAAGGAGUUGAGGGAUAAGACGAUUCACAUCCGUCUGGCCGGCAUCGACGCCCCCGAACUCGCGCACUUCGGUCGGCCCGCGCAGCCGUUCAGCAAGGAAGCCCACGAGUGGCUCACGGCCUACCUGAGCAAUCGGCGGGUGCGCGCGUACGUCCACCGCCACGAUCAGUACCAGCGCGUGGUCGCGACGGCGGUGGUGCGGCGGGCGCUCGACUUCCCCAUCCCCUUCCGGCGGCGUGAUGUCUCGUACGAGAUGCUGCGGAAGGGGCUCGCGACUGUCUACGAGGCCAAGUCCGGCGCGGAAUUCGGUGGCACCGCGACCGAGCGCAAGUACCGGCAGGCGGAGCGGUGGGCUAAGCUCCGCGGGUUGGGCAUGUGGAAGGGGUUCCGCCGCAACAAGGCGUGGGAGAGUCCCCGGGAUUAUAAGACACGAAUGGGGCUGGAGAACCCGAUACAGGUGAAGGAGGAGACGAAGAAGACUUAG